AUGGUCCUCAGGCUCUACGGCUAUGCGGCUAUCACUUGCACCAAGACCGUCCGCUGCGUCUUAGAGGAGUUGAAUGUGCCGUAUGAGCUAAUCAAUGUGGACCUAUCGAAGGGGGAGCACAAAAAUCAGGAGUACAAGGCGAAGCAGCCGUUCGGCCAAGUCCCGUAUAUCGAUGACGACGGCUUCGUCCUCUAUGAAUCCCGUGCGAUCUGCUAUUACAUCGCACGCAAAUUCGGGGGGGUCGGGAAACUCAUACCGGACCCCACGGACAUUCAAAAGAUAGCACGUUUCGAGCAGGCGGCGAGUGUCGAGGUGACCAGUUUUGAGCGCGGGGCAUCUGGUCUUGUGCACGAGACUUUCUUCAAGAGGAUCAAGGGCAUUCCGAACGAGAUCAACACGACGAUAGUAGAGCACUAUCAGAUGAUCUUGGAGAACAAGCUUGAGGGCUACGAGACGAUUUUAUCCGGACAAAAGUAUAUCGCGGGUGACGAAUUUUCGCUGAUUGACAUCUUCCAUCUCUUCUACGGUACCCUGCUGAAAGAAGCGGGGUUCUCCUACCUCGAGUCUGGGUAUUAUCCUAGCAUCACAAGGUGGUGGAACGACAUAUCAUCCAGGCCAUCGUGGAAGAAUGUUUAG